AGUAGGCGCUCCCGCCCGCUCGGUGCGGGCUUCGGUGCUGGAGAGGACGCACCCACCGCCCGCCCGCCCGCCCGCCCGCCCGCCGGGCAGCCGCGCUGGCGCGCUCAGUUUCUCCGCGAGAGCCGGCCGUGUACCUAGGAAUUAACCGGCCGGCGCGGGAGGGGAGGGGCGCGGGAAGCGGGGCGGGGGGGAUGCUGAGCGCGCGAGAGAACAAUAAUAAGAUCGUGUUUGCGGUCGCUGCCCGUGGAGGAAUUCGGAGGAGGCGCGAGGCCCGGCGCUCGCGCCUCGCCCGGGAGCCCGGGAGGGAGGCCGCCGGUGGCGGCAUGAAGCAAGCGACGCGGCUCCUGUAAGCAGCGCGCGGCGGCGGCGGCGGGGACCUCGGAGCGGCCGGACGCGGGCAAGCGCCGAGCGGCCGGGGGCUCCCCUCCCCCGCUGCCGGGCCGUGAUUUGCCGGGCCUGCUGCGCCCCCCGCCCACCCCUCGCCUCAACCGCUGCCUCGCUGCUUCCCCUCGUCGGACCGGCCGCUCGCCCGCCUGCCCGCCCGCCCGCCCGGCUUGAGGCCCGCGGGGAGCGCGGCGCAGUCCGUCGGCCCACGGCGGGGCGGCCUCCCGGCGUCUUCGCGGCGACCAAGGACGACCGGGAAGAGGAACGGCCGGGAUGGCGCGUCCGCGGCCCCGCGAGUACAAAGCGGGUGACCUGGUCUUCGCCAAGAUGAAGGGCUACCCGCACUGGCCGGCCCGGAUUGAUGAACUCCCAGAAGGAGCUGUGAAGCCUCCAGCAAACAAAUAUCCUAUCUUCUUUUUUGGCACCCAUGAAACUGCAUUUCUAGGUCCUAAAGACCUUUUUCCAUAUAAAGAAUACAAAGACAAGUUUGGAAAGUCAAACAAACGGAAAGGAUUUAAUGAAGGAUUGUGGGAAAUAGAAAAUAACCCAGGAGUAAAGUUUACUGGAUACCAGGCAAUUCAGCAACAGAGCUCUUCAGAAACUGAGGGAGAAGGUGGAAAUACUGCAGAUGCAAGCAGCGAGGAAGAAGGUGAUAGAGUAGAAGAAGAUGGAAAAGGCAAAAGAAAGAAUGAAAAAGCAGGCUCAAAACGGAAAAAGUCAUACACUUCAAAGGUUACUGAGAAACUUCCCAUUGUUAUUAAUAAAUCCUCUAAACAGUCCCGGAAAUCUCCAGGAGAUGAAGAUGACAAAGACUGCAAAGAAGAGGAAAACAAAAGUAGCUCUGAGGGUGGAGAUGCCGGCAAUGACACAAGAAACACAACUUCAGACCUGCAGAAAACCAGUGAAGGGACCUAACUACCAUAAUGAAUGCUGCAUAUUAAGAGAAACCACAAGAAGGUUAUAUGUUUGGUUGUCUAAUAUUCUUGGAUUUGAUAUGAACCAACACAUAGUCCUUGUUGUCAUUGACAGAACCCCCAUUUGUAUGUACAUUACUCACAUUCCUCUCUGUUGUGUUUGGGGGAAAAAAAACAUUUUAGCCUUUUUUUAAAGUUAUUGAUUUAAUUUCAUGUUAUUUGGUUGCAUGAAGUUGCCCUUAACCACUAAGGAUUAUCAAGAUUUUUUCACAGACUUAUACAUGUCUAGGGUCCUUUUAUUAAGGCAGUUAUGAUCAUCAUUUUCUUGCCUUUACCCCACCAUCACCAAACACUCAGUUAAAUAUAAAUUAGCAUCUUUUUAGAUGACCACUCAACAUAAUACUUAAGGAUGGAAUUUCCUCUCUGUGACAGAACCCAGGAACUAAUUCCUAGAUACAUAAUGUUGGUAUAUUGAAGGUGAAAUUAAAAUUGUCCUUCAGUUUUGAGGCCAUGUGUAAAGUUUAACCAUACUGUAAAAUAUCUAUUCUGUAUUAGAAAUAGCUAGUUAACAACUUAAACUUCUCAAAAUUCAUAUUGUUAUGUAUACAAACUGAGUUUCUACAUGUGAAGUUAGUCAGUCUUUUUGUGUUACUCCAAAAUAAAAGCAAUGACUUAUUUUUUCCCAAUGCCAGUACAAUUUGAGCUAAUCACUCAAGAUGGGUACUUUACAUUUUAAAUCUGGAAUCAGUAGCAGCCCUAUGGGAAACCAGACAAAACAUCAACUUUUAAAUAUAGACUUUUAAAAUGAAUUCUUUUCUUUUGGAAGUAGAAUUAGAAUAGUUAAUCUUUAUCCACAGACCAUUAUUAUGUGUACAUUAUUGUUGCUAUUGUGAUAAUAGAGAAUUUUAUUUAUUUUUAUGCCAGCUUAUAUUGUGAGAAUACAUUUAGUCAGUUUGGGUUUUAUCAAUCCUGUUAUGCUUGUCCUUGGAACAUCUUUCGCGUAUUCAAGGUUUGUAGUUGAAAAGUUUACUGUAAAAAAAAAAAUCAAAAACAAAAAAAUGUAUUGUUUUUACAGAAUAAAUUUAUUGGAAUGUGUACUUGGGAGUAAGAUUUGAGGUUGUAAACAACUAAGUUAGUGUAACUUGGCUUCAUAUAUGUAAUGUGAGGUAUUAACAUAAUUCAUAUAUUAAAACAAACAUUUUUAACAGCGAGUCAACAUUAGAAUCAAGUGCAGGUGAGGGUUUUCUUUUUCUUUUUUUUUUAACACUCUGGGUUUUAGGUUAUAUGAAAACAGCAGGGGGGGUGCGAUUAGGAAGAAUGACUAAUUGAUUUGCUUGCACAUCUAAGAAAAAAUAUUUACCAGCUGAAUGGACCUUAAAUCCAUACAUUUGACAUUAUCCAUGCAUUGAUUUGUGUCCCAUUUUCUUUUAGUUUUCUUACCUUGGUAAACAACAUAAAGAGAAAAUGUGAAGAGAUCUAAAAGCCCAGGGGUAUUAAUGAUGAUGGUGGCGAUAAUGGCAGCUGAGGGUGUGAAAGCACCAAUCCAUUUAACCCUUCAGGGCACACUGAGGGGUGGCUGUAUUUUUGGUUUGUUUCUCUCAUUUAGCAAAUGCUGAUUUUCUCUAUUAUACUCCCAUAAUUCUAAAUAUGAAAAGUUCAUAAAAAGAUAGGGAUGCCAAUCCAGUUCUAUUUCUUUAAAAGGUACUUUUUAAUUUUGAAUAUUUUAAUUUGUUUUAAAAUUAAUGAAAUUUAGUAUAUUCAUCAAAAAGCCUCUUUAUUGCUCACAUUAAAACAUAAGGAGAAUGUAGAUGACAUUUUGAAUUGAAACAUGUAAGUGACAGAUUUUCUUAAAUAAAAAGCCAUAUUUCAAAUUUAAUAAGAUUUGUCUUCAUAAAAGGCCAAAAAUCAAUUUUAUUAAAAAUACAGUCGAGGGCCGGCCCGUGGCUCACUCGGGAGAGUGCGGUGCUGAUAACACCAAGGCCCCGGGUUCGGAUCCCAUAUACGGAUGGCCGGUUCGCUCACUGGGUGAGCGUGGUGCUGACCACACCAAGUCAAGGGUUAAAAUCCCCUUACCGGUCAUCUUUUAAAAAAAAAAAAAAAAAAAAAUACAGUCGAAAUAUUUCCAGCCACCAAUAAAACAAGCGUUGAUUAAGCAUAAUGAUAAAGUUAUCAAUCCCUCUUUAGCUAGAGUCACACAAGAAAACCUAGUAAAAGCAAUUUUUAAAACAGCAGUAAAUAAUAUACUUUCCUUGGGAAAACAUUUUUCAAACAACAUUUAAAAUACUCUGAUGAUUUGCCCUUUUUUAUAUUAAUGUUGAUAACAAAACAUAUACAUCUUAUAUGCAAAAGUUAUUUCUCCAAUCUGCAUUUGCUGUUUUGCAUUUUUUAAUAUGCGUAGACCAUACUCACUUUUGAAUAGUUUCAUUUUCAUGCUCACUAUUGUAGGCACUAAAUUGUAAUUUUUUACACUUAUAAUUAUUUAAUAUGUCAAACAAUAAUGAGAUAGAUGAUCAGGUUUAUUCACAAAUAAUUUCAAAUAUAUUUCUUUAAACAAACUUUUUCUCACCUUUAACUUCAAAAAAAGAAAAUUUACCCACAAAAUACCAUGUAGCUCACACAUUGCACAGCAAGAAUUUAUGUACUCUUAAGUAUGUGUAUAUGGGAAGGAAGUGAAAUCAGUACCAGUAUAACAAAAGUCAAUAAUCUAAAGAGGAAGAACAUGAAAUAAUAUUUUUAUUCCACUUUUUCAUCUGCCUUUGUUUUUACAAAGAACUCUGGUUUGUAGAUACAACGGUAGGCCAAGAGCUGAGGAAGAACUCCAUAUGCUAUGUUUAAUGCUAAAAAAAGGAUUUUCGCUUCUUCAGGGACUCUGUAGAUAUAAGCAGUUCUAGCAUGAAGAGAAGCACCAAUGUGAGAAAACUGAGCCUGUUGUGUUAAGAAAAGAAAAUUAGUAAGCAUGAAAUUUGUUUUCCAUUGGAUGCACGAUGAAUUUUGAAUGGUUCGUUUGGACCAUAUUUCUGUGCCCUCAAAACCAGUCUCACCUGCAGGCAAAAUACCUUCAAACAAUCCAUGGUCUUUAAUAUGAUAUUUUUCAUUAAAUUUAGGGUCAUUCUUGAUAUGGUCAUUCUUUAGAGUGGUUUUAUCAUGCCAGUUGAUAAAAAACCAUGCCAGUGGUUUUAACCCAUCCAGUGCCCCAUACAUUAAUGGCUCAAGUUAACAGAAAAAUCAGAAUAAAAUCUUUUUUUUUUUUUUUUUUUUGAUUGGCAUUCUGAAGAUCCUACACAGAGACUCAGUUGUGGCUCACAAAUUGUGUUCCAAUAAAAAUAAAGUACAGAGUUUGUUUUUAGCAUAACAAUUUAAAGAGAAGCGCUAUGGACCUCAGCUUCAUUUAUCAGUCUUUCAUUUACUCCUUGGAGCAAGAACUCAAAGCCCUUUGACUAUGCAUUUUUUGUUUGUUUAUUCAUUCAUGUAUUUGCUUUUUAUGCAACUUAAAAAAUACCAAGGGUAUUUUUGUAAGAUAAGGUUGUUACCAACUUAGGUGGUUGCUGUUUAUAAAAUGGCAAAUGUAUCUGCAGGCAUCGUUUUCAAAUCAAAUUAUGAUUUAUUUAGAAGUAUGACUUGUCAGCAUAAUCUGAGUUUGCAAAAUGGAAAGGCAAGGGCCUCCCUCUGCACUUAUAUACUUGUUCAGAACACAUAUUCAGAAUGUGCCAGUUGGUCUUUUUUUGAUACUUUUCAUAAGCAUAGAGGAAAACUAUUAGAAAGUAAUGCAGGCCACAGCAGGAUUAAAAGCUCCUGUGAGAGGAUUUCCGCAGGAGGCUUGUAUCAUUACAAAAUGCAACCCUAUAGUCUGCAUUUUCAUUUCUUGCUGAAAUUCAAGAUAUACAUGAAUAAAGGAUUGGGAAUCUAAAUGUAAUAAAGUAGUAAAUUAUUAAUUCAUCAGGAUCAAAGUGAAGAUACCGCAAUCUAGAGAAGGCACAGAAAUAACAAGAAUGAAGAACUAAAUAAUUUGCUUUAAAUACGUAUAAGUCAUUUUAUAUUUCCUUCCAUAUGAAAUCAACUUAUUCUAAGUGGUUAACAGAUAAAAAAGUGUUACUUACCACCUGACUUUACCAUGACAAGAAAAGGACAAGCUUUUUAAAGCAGCAUCUUUGUGAAUUUGUAUCAGUGGCAGAUAUUUUAAUGGGCUGCAUUUUUACAAAUUACUGAUACAUUCUGGAGACCUCUGGUACAUUUUUGCUACUCUUUGGAGAUAAAAAUUUAUUUAGUGUGGUGUGUUGCCAAGGACCAGCACAUGGAUUGCCAUGAGACACUGAGAGGGCUCAGCCCUCAGACACACCUCCCCAAGGGCAGAUGCCCAAACAGAAGCCAGCAAAUGUAUUUGCAUCUCUGGGCUACAAGGACAAAAGACCUUGAGAGUAAAGGGCACUUUGCGGGGCUGCCCUGAGGAGCUGCUGUUGUGGACACUCUAGGAACUCUCAACAGGAGCUUGCCUCCACCCUCACUAUUUUUCCCUAGGGCCUGUUUUGACUAACAGUGUUUUUCUGAAUAUAUAAACAAACUUUCUUCUGACUAGAGGCCAGAUUUGAACCCUGGUUUUCAGAAAUGUACGUUUGGUGGCUCUAUCUUUAUAGACACUUGUACACAUCACAGAAUCACCAAAUUUGUGAAAAAGCCAACCAUAUUUUGAAAGAAUAAGUAAUAUGAGCAGUUGUGCCUACUUGCAUAGAGAAGCCUUUGUGAAAAGUCAGCGAUACUGUAGGCUCUUUUCCUGCACUAACCAGUGCAGUUAAUACCUCAUUUUCAUGAACAGCAAACUCAUGGCAACAUUAAAAAAAUGAUUUAUGUCCUUAGAUUAGAUUGUAAGCCCACUGGGCAGGUACUGUGUCUAAUGUUUUGUGUGGCACCUACCACAUUGUUAGAGUUUAAUAAACUUUCAACAACAGUGGUCUUGUGACUGUCAAAAUACAAAAAGGAUCUACAAAGCAUUUCUCUAUACCUAUUUUAGUAGUCCUUUUUAUUCAGAAUUAUUUAACAAGGAGCAAAGAUUAUACAUUCCUAAUCAAAAGAGAUGCUGUUGUCUGCAGUUCCCAGUACUGCUCACAGUUCUAAUGGUUGUAUUUUUGAUGGCCAUACCUCCAUCAUCAGUCAUACCCGACUGAGCAUCCAGCCAUAGCUUCCUCCUAAGGCAUAUGGUGUUAAGUGUCCAGGGUUCUAAAGUUUCAGAAAAACCUGAGCCUCAUCUAAGGAAGGUUCCUUUCCCAAGCACAUAGAUGAUAAGGGGCUGUAUGGUGUCUCCUGGGUGAUGUUCCCACCAGCACACAAGGCCUCCCUAUGACAGGCCUGAAGAGCUCAGCCUGAGCGCUAAGCUGGGUUCAGGUGGCUCAGUGAAAUCAUUGUGGCCCAGGAUUACAAGUACAAAUUAUAUGGAUCCCAGAAAUUUUUGCAUAAUUCAGUGAUUUCGAGUCCUUAAUAAUUUUCCUUUACUUCUUUCUAAAUCAUUUUUUACCUUACAGAAGUAAUUAAGAGAUAUACUGAUUUUUUUUUAAGAAUGUAUGAUUGGAAUGGAAAAUGAG